AUGGCGAAGAGUCGAAGGCAUGAUAUUGUUAAAUUGUCCAAGUACAAGACUUCCAUCUGCUCAUUCUACGUCAGCCCCAGUGGGUGUCCUUUUGGAGAUCGUUGUGCUUUUGCGCACGGAUUAGAAGAAUUGCGCUGCGAGGCAGAAAGUGUGAAGUCAAAAGAGAAAUGGGAAAAAACAGGACUUGAUACAAGAGCUGUAUGUGAUGGGGUUGAUACUGUCCGAAAAGAAACUGACACCCCUCUCUGUUGUGGCGAUGACGUCAUCGGCAGGGAGGCACGCUUCUCGCCGACGAUGAUGCUUACGGGUGCUUGCAGUGAUUGCACGUCAUGCCCCAUUGAAUCAAAACUCACGGUGGCAGCAAUGACAGCUUCCCCCACCCCCAGGAUCGACAUCGUACUAAAGCAAACAGUCUCUGCUGCUGAGGUCGAAGGAGAAAAGUGUGUGAAGUCCUUGACGAAAACUUCAAAAGGGAAGUCUACAAACCAAGGCCGUUCCACUGCAAAGAAUGCUGGUACUAAGACCAUCUCUGGGGAGGGAAAAAACAACUGUAGGCGAAAACAUGUAUCACAAUUAGCCUGUGGUGGCAACGAUGAUAGCAACGGUUCUAUGAGUACGAUGAAUGUGGCGGAGGGCUUGGUACAGUUUACCACUAUUCCGCAGGUUGCAGUACUUUUGCCGUGUACAGGUCCUGCGCAGCCGUUGGUUCCUUUAGUUAAACCACAUACGAUGUCUUCUCACGUCAUGUGUCUUGAUGGCAGUGGCAUGCGACCUGCUCCAGGUUCCGUAUUGACUUCCUUUAAGCCAGCCACGGUCGGAAACACGGGGGGAAUGGGCUCUCUUUCCCGCGUACCAGGCGGCCCGUUCGCUAUGUGCCGCGCUACCGACCUUGACAUUGAAGGCAAAGACCACAUUCAGCAUCAUAACGCCUGUAACUUUAUGUUUGCUUCGCUGCGCUCUUCUUCGGUGCCCCCCUCUCCGCUUCAGUGUCCGAUUCUACCCACACCUCAGAAUCGCGAUUCCAUGUGGUCAAACAUGAUUGGAAAUGGGUUACUUUCGACAACGCCUAAGCACGAAAAUGGCAAGGUCCCUGGGCAUCACCAUCAUGUGCGUCACGGCUCUUUACAGCUGAACUUUUGUUGCACCCUGACGUCAGACCCCGAGGGCGAAACCACGGCAUCAAAGAGUGAUAACGAGUGGUGUGAAGCCAUUACGAAGUGGCUACAAAAUGAAAGAGAAACAUCUGAAGCGAACUCCACAGGAGAAGAGAAAAAAUACGAAGAUAUUAAAGAUAAGGUUUCGUUAUGCUCUUGUAUGGCUUAUGGUUCUCAAGGUGGCGACAACACCCUGCAACAGAUGCAAGCAGCCCCGCCAGAUCCAUCAACAGAGGUGCUCUUUUCUUCUUCCUUUACGGAAGAUAGUGCGGUAAGAGACAAUAUUGGUAAUGCGUCGGCUGCAGACGCGGAGAACAGAGUGCUAUGGAUGUGCGGCGACAAAGAAGGGAUACCGAAAGUCAAUGUUGCAGGAAUGGGGGAUGUUGGAAGUGAUGUCUACAACUGUAAUAGGGAGGGUGAAACAUCCUCUCCCGAAGGCUCAACUCCCAAUUAUAGACAGUGCACGCUUCACCACCUUGGGAAACGUCAGCCAAUUGUUGUGAAUCACUUUCUCUCGUCGUGCGCUUCAGCCGGGCGGAAAAUUUUUCUUUCCGCGGAGCGUGUCGCCAACAGUAACGUGAAGCAGAGGGAGAGGGUGCCAACACGACGUAAUAGUGCCAAGAAUCCCACAACAUGGGAUGAUGUCUUGGAGUACUGCAUCUAG